AUGCCUUCUCUCUCGGCAUUCGGAAGAAAAUGGGGGAUCGCCAGCGACGAUUUUGUUUUUCCGGGAAUAACUGAAGCCGUCAUACGUUUCUUAUGGAUCAUAUUUGCAUGUUUUGUCUACUAUUUUCAUUAUCCAUUGGACUGCGAAGAAUGGAACGGUCGUGUUUAUCUUGCCGGCUUAAUCAUAUUGAAUGGAGCGACCGUCACUUUAUGUGUCAUUAUGGUUUGGAUCAGCUCUAGAGGGUCAAUCAUGAAUGCUCAAAGCCGUGAACAUGUGUCAUCAUGCCUGUACUUCAGGGUGCCAUUUUUUGUCAUUGAAGCACUUUGGACUUUAGUUUCCACAAUAUUGUUCUUUGAAGGGUUUUCGGUCUGCAAUAGCAAAAAUCUGCUUCGUAUCACAAUUGUUCUACAAUGGAUGCUUGUCGGCUGUGUGCUAUUCGGUGUUCUCAUAGUUUUUAAUCCAUCGUCGCAUGACGAUACUCAGGAUGCUGUUCUGAUCACCCGAAGAGUGUGGAGUCGACGCUUGUUUCUUUUAAAAAUCCGUCAAGAUGAGCUAAUGCGUACUGCUGUAGAUGACAUAGCAAAUAUGAUCGCAUCGUUCUUCGUUGAAGGGGAUUAUGUAUUUUCCGACAUUGUAGCUGGUCUACUUCUUGUUGUUCACUCACCUAUCAAUAAAUACCCACCGUUGGUUGCAGUUGAUAGAGGAGUCCCUGUAUGGAUGAACGUAAAAUUGGCACAACACUUUGCUCAUUUUGCAACUUGCGUUUACGGCUGGCCCUCCUAUCUAUUUCAACAUGCAGGAUUUCGUCCAUAUUGGCGUUUGCUAAGAAAGAUGCGCUGUUGUGGAAGAAUUCGAUGUGAUCAAGUAUUAGUCGUGGAAGAUAAUUGCUUUUUGUGUAACACUGCCGCUUUUGUGCUUUCAACCGAAAAAAAGAACAUCGACCUUUUCUUCGUUUCUUUCAGAAAUCGAGUGUACGAGACACCUUUUGUUGUCCUGGCUGAUCAUGACACGCAUAGUGUGGUGAUCACAAUUCGUGGAUCCUGUUCACUUACGGACCUUGUCACGGAUCUCUGUCUUGAUGAUGAACUUUUAAGUGUUGAUGUUGAUGCGGACCCAGUUUUAAGACAGGACACGGAUUUGGAUGGACGUGGGCAAGUUAGAGUUCAUCGUGGUAUGCUGCGAAGUGCUCGUUACGUUUUUGAUCAGUUGAGGAAACACGAGAUUCUGGAAGAUUUGCAAGUUUUACACCCGAAUUAUGGACUAGUUGUUUGUGGUCACUCACUUGGUGCAGGCGUUGCCAGUUUACUCACUCUCCUGUUGAAACAAACUUACCCAAACAUUCGAUGUUAUGCGUUUGCUCCUCCUGGAUGUGUGAUUAGUGAAGAAGGACAAGAAGAAAUGCGACAACAUGUAAUGAGCGUUGUGACAAGGGAUGACGUAGUGCCUCGAAUAUCGUACCAUGCAAUGCACCGUCUUCGCGCUGCAAUUAUCCGCGAACUAAACGCCUCAACAAAAGCAAAAUGUGAGAUUCUGAUAAAGGGAGUUUUCCGGCUGUUCUUUAAAGCGCGAUGGGAGAUUAGUGGCGUACAUCCGGAGGACGCGGAUACGCAACAACUUUUUGACGGAAACCGAGCACCUUUUUCGUAUGGGAGUGGUGACGCUCAAAUAAUUCUGCCCCCACAAACUCAAAUAACCGUUGACGAAUCUCGGAUUCAGUUAUAUGCACCGGGGAAUAUUCUCUAUCUUGCUGACGACGACUCUGAGUCACAAGUUAUAAAGCAGUGGAUUGAUCCGAAAUGUUUGUCGGAUAUCAAGCUGUCUGCUUCUGCCGUUACGGAUCAUUUGCCAAAGUACGUCAACUAUAUUCUGGAACGAUCUGUUGUUCAGGAGGGUCUAAUGGAUGUU